AUGUCUUCUUUCGCUCCUCGUGGACGUGGUGGAUUUGGUGGUGACCGCGGCGGUGGCCGUGGCGGUGGUCGAGGUGGUUUCGGCGACCGUGGUGGCCGUGGUGGUAGCCGUGGUGGCUUCGGUGAUCGUGGCGGCCGUGGAGGUGGCCGUGGUGGCUUCGGCGACCGUGGUGGUCGUGGAGGUGGCCGUGGAUUCGGUGACCGCGGCGGCCGUGGUGGUCGCGGUGCUCCUCGUGGUGGCCGUGGUGCUCCCCGCGGUGGUGGUGGUGCCCGUGGUGGUGCCAAGGUUGUCAUUGAGCCUCACCGUCACGCAGGUAUCUUCGUCGCUCGCGGCGGUAAGGAGGACAUGCUUGUGACGAAAAACCUUACGCCCGGAACUGCUGUCUACGGCGAGAAGCGCAUCUCCGUCGAGGGCCCCUCAACUGAGGAUGGUACCGUCACCAAGAACGAGUUCCGUGUCUGGAACCCCUUCCGUUCUAAGUUGGCUGCUGGUGUUCUUGGUGGUCUUGAUGACAUCUACAUGAAGCCCGGCUCCAAGGUUCUCUACAUCGGUGCUGCCUCCGGUACCUCCGUUUCUCACGUCGCUGAUAUUGUCGGACCCACUGGUAACGUCUACGCCGUCGAGUUCUCUCACCGCUCUGGCCGUGAUCUGAUCGGCAUGGCCACUCACCGUACCAACGUCAUCCCCAUCGUUGAGGAUGCCCGUCACCCUCUCCGUUACCGUAUGCUCGUGCCCAUGGUCGAUGUCAUCUUUGCCGAUGUUGCCCAGCCCGAUCAGGCCCGUAUUGUCGGAUUGAACGCCCACAUGUUCCUCAAGGCUGAGGGUGGUGUCAUUGUCUCCAUCAAGGCCAACUGUAUUGACAGCACAGCCAAGCCCGAGGUUGUGUUCGCUAAGGAGGUCCAGAAGAUGCGUGAGGAGAAGAUUAAGCCCAAGGAGCAGCUGACCCUCGAGCCUUUCGAGCGUGACCACUGCAUCGUCGCUGGUAUCUACAAGCGUACCGCCGCAUAA